AUGCUUUCGGCCUCUCGCUCUCCUUCUUCACAGUCCAAUUCCUCCAAUAUGAGGGGGCGUGCCCUCCAAAUGCCUUCUGGUCUCCAGAAUGGUCAUACGCGCAAUACCUCAAGCUUGGAUAUGGCUCGCAGUCCACCCAACCCGAACAACAAUAAAAACACCAAACAUGUCCCCUGUAAGUUCUUUCGCCAAGGUGCUUGCCAGGCUGGUCCCGCUUGUCCAUUCCUGCAUUCAACCGACUCGGCGAUUGACUAUGCUCCUUGUAAAUACUUCGUCAAGGGUAAUUGCAAGUUUGGCAUCAAAUGUGCACUCGCGCAUAUCCUCCCGAAUGGACAGAGAGUGAACCGACCAAACGGCGAUGGCACAAAUGGCAGGGGAGUUGGAAGUCACCUGAACCUGGGUGGUCGGGUUAAUCCGACAUUUGGAAACCAGGACUCGGCAUUGACCAACUCAGUGCUUUCUCAGCAGCGCAUGGGCGAACCUCAAUAUCCCUCGCAGCAAGACGAGUUCCCUGGCUUGCAUGCGCAGCAGCCACCUUAUGACUCUAUCCCAACGAUCGAUGCGGGGUUGGCUUCCGACGCAGGCUCGAAGUAUGGGUCUCCGAUUGAUGAUUCGCGAUUCCCCAUGUCACCGAACCACCACCAUCUGACAGCUCUCGAUGCGCCGCUUCCCGCAUCAUUUGAUAGCCAAGGUAUCUCUCAUGCUGCCCGCUACGGUCCUGUCGCAGCGUCAGUGCCGUCAAAGUUUGGAAUAGACCUGUCUCCUCCGACCCAUAGACCUGGUCAGCUCAACAACUUCCAAAAUCUUCGCGACAUAGGUUAUGCUCCUGAUCUCCGCAAGCAACUCGCUAGCAUCGGAUCAUCUCCUCCGGCACCAGAAGAUUCCGCACCCCGAUACAUGCACUCCCGGCGCCCUAUCAAGCCUCGCAUGCUCUCUGCUAGCGUUCCUCGACCAACCGCACUGGAUGAUUGGGAUGAGAGCUUCCCAAUGGAGGAAGAUUAUCUGCCUAUGAAUCUUCAUGACGAUGUUCUAACACCACAGGAAAAGCUGCGACGACUCUCCCGAACGGAUCAAGAGUUCGGCAGUCACCGUGAUAUUAGUGGCCUUGGUAUGACUAGCACUAGUUUCUCCAAGACGGGCUCACCACUUGCCUCGAGUCCUUCUCGAUUCGGUGCCCUGUUUGCCAAACAACGCCAGAAAAAGGAAGAGGAAUCUGUAGGGUCCUCCUUCCCCCAUAUUGGUUCCCCCCUGCGAGAAUCGUCUUUGAACUUCCUCCCGAGCCCCAGCCUGGGUCCUAUUGGCAGCCGUUCCUCUCACGAUGGCUCGCCGUUUGUCUCUAGCCCCGGAAGGCAAUCAUCAAUGUCGAUGAUAUCCGAGCAGCUCGGUGGUAUGUCUCUUCACCCUGGUUCUGCUCGACACUUAUCCGCAGGACCUGGUCGUCUCGACCGAACCAUCUCCUCUCCAGUUUUCACCAGUAAAAUUGAAGAGGAAGACUCGAGCGACCUGGUCUUCUCCAUGGAAGAAGAAGAGGGCAACAAGCGAAAUAGCUCCUCAUGGCACUCUGAUGAGAAGGAGAGCACAGCCGAGGCUUAG